CUUUUCACUCAUAUUUCUGACCACAACGCUUUGCAAACAACACCAUCCACCAUGUCUAAGUUUUACACCCUAUUUACUUUUAUUAUAGUUUUAAUUAUCCCAGUGUUCAGUAUUAGAGCAAAAAGAUUUGUUUUUGAUGAUGUUGGAUGUAGAACUCCAGAUAAUGGAGUUGGAGAUUGCAGGCCACUUUCGCAAUGUGAAACUUUGAACAAUUUAGCAUCAACGAGGGCAGGUAGAAUACGCGUUGCUGAAUACAUCUGCUCUUAUAAAAGCGGCAUAAUUUCGGUUUGUUGUCCAAGUAAACCAGUGGAAGAAAACGGCGUUGAUAGUACAAAAAGAAAUACUGAUCUUUUACCAACUGAGUGUGGUGUUAGUUAUGCUGGGCAUAAAAUUACUAAUGGGGAACAAACAGAUUUGUUUGAAUUUCCUUGGCAAGUCGCUUUACGAUACAAUGAUAAAAAAUAUCCAUUUAGUUGUGCAGGAACUCUUAUCAACAAUAGAUACGUUCUAACUGCAGCUCAUUGUGUCGUCGGAACCGCAAUAAUUGGAGUAAGAUUAGGUGAAUACAACUUCGAAACUAAUCCGGACUGCAUAGUUGAUAGAAAUCGAACAACUUGCGCUCCGAAACACAUUGAUAUUUCCAUCACUAAAAAAGAUAUUAUCGCCCAUAAACAAUAUAGGCCUAUAAAUUUAAAGAAUGACAUCGCUUUAAUAAGAUUACCAAACCCCAUUGAAUUUAGCCAAAGUAUUUCUCCGGUGUGUUUACCAAUUAAGGAAUCACUUUUAAAGGAAUUAGGCAAUUUAACCGUAAUUGGCUGGGGACGUACCGAAACUUCCGAACCAAGUCCGAUUUUAUUAAAAGUGACCUUACCUUUAAUGCAUAUAAAUCAGUGUCGACAAGCAUUGCGUCUAAGAAUUGCUAUUAGUGAUAAUCACUUUUGCGCUGGUGGUAGAAAUGGUCAAGAUUCUUGCAAAGGUGAUAGUGGUGGUCCGAUUAUGUACACGACUGUUGAUGAUGCGCAAAUAAAAUGGGUUCAAGCUGGUGUUGUUUCUUUUGGAUCAGAAUAUUGCGGAAGAGACAAAAUACCGGCUAUGUAUACUAAAGUUACACAAUACAUCAAUUGGAUUCUAGAUAACAUAAAACCAUAGAAAAAUAUUGAUUUGAUUCUAAAUGUUGUAUAUGAUUUAUUUAUGCUUUUUUACACUUUUGUACUUGUAGUUUUUUUGUUAGAUGAAUAAACACUUUUAUCACAGCAUGCAA